ACAAAGCAAAUAUAAUACAUCUCGUCCUUUUCGAAGAUGGCUUAAAGCACUGAACUCGCGCGCAAUUGCAGAAAAGCGACGAGCUGGAGUCCGCGUCAGGAGAACGUUGUCAUCCGGGUUCCGCGGAUUGCGGACUAGCGCUGCACCCGGCCGCAAGGUCGCGCUACGGAGUACCGCCGCAGAAUAAACCACUCAAGGCAAGCGCCAGGCAGGCACCGGAUUCGCCUCCCGCUCAGACUGGUCGUGGCUACCAGACGCAGCAGCGGAUCGUGAUGUUUGGUGACGACUUCGCGUACACCAACGCCACCGUGUGGUACUCGCAGAUGGACCUGCUCAUCGACUCCAUAAACUCAAUGAAUGGGAGUCAGUACCACGCAUUCUACUCGACGCCCGAGUGCUACCUCCGGUCGGUGCACGAGCAGUGGUUCCGGCGCAAGAAGGGACCCUCGGAGAGCGCGCUCUCUUACAGCGGGGACUUCAUGCCUUACUCGGACCGAAACUUCGAGUGGUGGACGGGAUACUACAGCAACAGGCCGCAGCUCAAGUACCACAUACGCCAGGCGUCCAACUUCCUUCAGGUAUACACACAGAGUAUAGUCGCCUGCUGUACACCAUGGUCCUGGGUUCGGUUUCCAGCUGUGCACACCCAACAGCAAGAGUCUGCGGGAUACAGAAUGUUCAAAAAAGACAUAAUCUCGCUUAUUCUGGGAACAUAG